AUCAACAGAGUACUUUUUAUGCGUCCUUUGUAUCGGGUCACAGAACUGAGCCCAUACCGUCGCAACCCAACCGUGUCCAGUCGUUGCCCAAAAACACAAUUUGCAGCGCUGGAAAUAAUUCUUCCGAUUUCCACCAGAAAAUCUUCCAUUGAAGACACAAGAGAGCUGUCUUGAGGAGACGGAAGAAUUGUAGUCUCGAGAUUCUGAUUAUGAAUUCCUCAUCGUUGGAUGCUUAUCCUCAAAUUGAGGAGAUCUUGCUUGAAUUCCGAGCAGGAAAAAUGCAAAUGGAAGGAAAGCGAGUUGUCCCCGAUUCACGGAAAGGACUCGUUCGUAUUGGCAAGGACGAGGAAGGACUUGUUCAUUUCCAAUGGUUGGAUCGUUCAUGUUUUGUGGUUGAAGAUGACCAGAUUAUUGUCCCCGAGGAGGCAGUCUUUGAAAAGGUUAAUCAAUCUUCUGGGAGGGUCUAUAUUUUAAAAUUUCUUACAGACGACAGGAAGUUUUUCUACUGGAUGCAGGAGCCAAGAGAUGACAAUGAUGCACAAUUAUGCAGCUCAGUCAACUUCUACCUGAAUCAACCAUUUGAAGAUGAGCCUGAAGCUUCUGUUCCUAUGGAGAAUUCUGAUGAUAUGGCUGAAGAUGAUGUUUCAUCUAGAGCAGGAAAUUUGGUUGGGCCAAGCAUGGGUACUGAUGCAACCAGUGAUGUAACGUCUUCUGGACCUGUAAAGCUGGCUGAUUUACAAAGGAUAUUGAGUAACAUAGGAUCAACAGAUGAAGUUGUAGAUCCAGAUGCUGGCAUGGGAUUAGCCGAUAUUUUGAGGCCUGAAUUUCUAUCUCCGCUGAUUGAGGAAUUACCACUGCAACAACAAUUAGCUACAUAUUUACCCGAGGGACAAUGGAAUCACGAGGAGUUGCUGGAGUUAUUGCAGAGCCCCCCAUUUCGCCAACAAGUAGAUUCAUUUACUUAUGUUCUUCAGACAGGCCAGGUUGAUCUGGCUCAAUUUGGAAUUGAUCCUUCUCAAUACAAGUUCACAGUCCCAUCCUUUCUGGAGGCGCUGGAAGAUUCUGUUUCUGGAACAUUGCAGCCCAGCAGCAAUGACGAGGAACUGCUAUCUUCUCACACAAGUGGCAGAAGCCAUCCCAUGGACGAAGACCGUCACUAAUUCAAUCAGGUCCCUUAAAUGUUUAGACCAUUUACCUUCUGUGUGACACACACAAAAAAAAAGUGCCCUUUUUCUAUAGGUUGUAUUGUGUGAAAACAGUUGUGGGAAUGUGUCGGUGUCUGACUGUUUGGUGUGUGAAAAAUAAUAAAACAGUAAUAAUUUAGAGUGGUACCCCUACUUACAUGUGCUUUGAUGUCUUAAUUGUUUUGUCUUAAUGAUGGUGUUUAGUUUAAUUAAAGUUUAUUUAUUGGAGAUUUGGAGGUGUAUAG